AUGGCAGAGUUAAGACCGAUUGUACCAAAUUUUGUAGUACAAGAAGAAGGCUCACGAAAAGUUUUAGUCUAUUUAAAUAUACCCGAAUUAAAAGUUAAACGAUCAUUUCCGAAUUUUACGAAACAGAUCCCAAUGAAUGGAGAACAAAAAAUACUGAAUUUUCAAAAUCAAUCCUUUACGUUUACAUUAAAUGUACAAACAAAAAAUAAUGAAAUAAAAAUCUAUUCAUUAUCAAUUGCACGAUUACCAGGUGAAAUUCAAUCAGAACGAUGUUCAAUUAAGUAUCAACGUGGUGGUUGUUGGAUUACAUUAAUUAAAUUAGAUCGAAUAAGUUGGAUGAAUAGAAUUUGUGAUGAUUUAUCACCUGGUUUAGAUAUUCAAGAAAAUUAUAAUCAAAAUACUGAAGUUUCUGCUCCGGUUGAAGAAAAACAAUUACGAGAUACAAAUAUGCCACCACCAUUUAGUUUAGUACCUAUUGCUCCUUCUCCUUCUUUUCAACCACCGACGACACUAAACACUCAAACAUAA